AUGAAAUCUUGGACAAUUUUUGCUUUACUCAUUGCAGUGUUUGCGGGUUUUUUUGGAAUUGGGCACACUGAAGAACUCGACGAUUUUGAAGAAAAAGCCUUUGAAGUUGUUGAUAGCAACACAGAACAGUAAGUUUGUAUAAAAUUAUUUAUAUUUCUGAAAACAAGACGAAUGCGAUUUUGCGCAUGCUUUCGAUAUACGAAAUGUUCAAAGCAAGUCGAAUGAAAAACAUAACGUCUUGCUUAGAAUUGGAUGCAUGACCGGAACUACUUAUGUAAGACUAUAUUUUAAAUAGAGAAACAUUCGUCUACUCACGGUUUUUUUUUUAUUUUCAACUUUAUCCAUAUACGCCGAUUAGAAAUAUAAAGGUAUACAUUAAGAUCAUGCAACAUCUCGGGUUAUAUAACGGAUAUAUAGAUCAAACUUAACAACUUGAGGGUUUACAGUUUAACUGCAUGGACCUUUAAACACAGUACUUGCAACACUAAUUCUAUUUAGAUUGAAACGCAUGCAUGAGAAUUUGCAUAGCUGUAUAGGUUCCUAUAUACGCGGGAUUUUACUGUAUCACUUGCUGAAACCUUAUAGUUCUAAUUAGAUACCCUUUAAAAAAUUCAAUCAUCUCUAUCGCUGCAUUUUCAGCGAAAACGCCCUAGAAUUCGAAGAUGCGAAGAUUCCAUCAAACGACGAAGAUGAAGCUGCCAUGUUCAAGCGUGCACCAUGGCGUAGACGUAGGUGGCGCUUACGGCGAAAACUUCGUAGAGUCCGUCGAAAAAUUCGAAGUCGGAGAGUGUGGGACGUUAUUUGCACGAUAGUGGGAUACACCAGAGAAGGUGGGUAUACUAUA